AGUACGUUGGGGCACUGGCCCACUGGCUGCCUUCCCACCAUGUUCCCAGUACACGGCUCAGGACCCAGUACAACCCAUACCUCCAGCUUGGUUGGAGCUCUCAUGCCAGGCUGCCUGUCACUCACUGCCCUGGCCUGACCCUGCACCCACUGGCAGCACAGUCAACAGAGCAGGUUGGCUCACAGCAGAGGGCAAAGGCCAUCAUCAGCUCCCUUUAUAAGGGAACAGUCACACACUCAGUGUGCUGAGAGUGUCCUGCCUGGUCCUCUGUGCCUGGUGGGGUGGGGGUGCCAAGUGUGUCCAGAGGAGCUCAGUGGGCAGCGAGGCAGCCAUGGGACUGGAUGCACUGGUGCCCUUGGCCGUGACAGUAGCCAUCUUCCUGCUCCUGGUGGACCUGAUGCACCGGCGCCAACGCUGGGCUGCACGCUACCCGCCUGGCCCCAUGCCACUGCCCGGGCUGGGCAACCUGCUGCAUGUGGACUUCCAGAAUACACCAAACUGCUGCAACCAGCUGCGGCGCCGCUUCGGGGACGUGUUCAGCCUGCAGCUGUUCUGGACUCCAGUGGUCGUGCUCAACGGGCUGGAGGCUGUGCGCGAGGCGCUGGUGACCCACGGCGAGGACACCGCCGACCGACCGCCUACACCCAUCAACCAGGUCCUGGGCUUCGGGCCGCGCUCCCAAGGGGUGUUCAUGGCUCGUUAUGGUCUCGCCUGGCGCGAGCAGAGGCGCUUCUGCGUGUCCACCUUGCGCAAUUUGAGGCUGGGCAAGAAGUUGCUGGAGCAGUGGGUGACCAAGGAAGCUGCCUGCCUCUGUGCCGCCUUCGACAACUAUGACGGACGCCCCUUCCGCCCCAACGAACUCCUGAACAAAGCGGCGAGCAACGUAAUCGCCUCCCUCACCUGUGGGCACCGCUUCGAGUAUGACGACCCUCGCCUCCUCAGGCUGCUGGACCUAGCGCAGGAGGGAUUGAAGGAGGGGUCGGGCUUCCUGCCCCAGGUGCUGAAUGCCAUCCCUGUCCUCCUGCGCAUCCCGUGGCUGGCUGGCAAGGUCUUACGCUCCCAAAAGGCUUUCCUGGCCCAGCUGGAUGAGCUGCUGAGCGAGCACAGGAUGACCUGGGACCCAGCCCAGCCACCCCGAGACCUGACUGAUGCCUUCCUGGCAGAGAUGGAGAAGGCCAAGGAGAACCCCGAGAGCAGCUUCAAUGAUGUGAACCUGCGUAUGGUGGUGGCUGACCUGUUCUUGGCUGGGAUGGUGACCACCUCAAUCACGCUGGCCUGGGGCCUCCUGCUCAUGAUCCUUCACCCAGAUGUGCAGCGCCGUGUCCAACAGGAGAUCGACGACGUGAUAGGGCAGGUGCGGCCACCAGAGAUGGGUGACCAGACUUGCAUGCCCUACACCACUGCUGUGAUUCACGAGGUGCAGCGCUUUGGGGACAUCAUCCCCAUGAAUAUGCCUCACAUGACAUCCCGCGACAUUGAAGUGCAGGGCUUCCUUAUCCCUAAGGGGACAGCGAUCUUCGCCAACUUGUCAUCAGUGCUGAAGGAUGAGGCCAUCUGGGAGAAGCCUUUCUGCUUCUACCCCGAACACUUCCUGGAUGCCCAGGGCCGCUUUGUGAAGCCAGAGGCCUUCCUGCCUUUCUCAGCAGGCCGCCGCGCAUGCCUCGGGGAGCCCCUGGCCCGCAUGGAGCUCUUCCUCUUCUUCACCCACCUGCUGCAGCGCUUCAGCUUCUCCGUGCCCACUGGACAGCCCCGGCCCAGUAACUCGCCUGCCGGUGGCUUUCUGGUGCAUAGUGAUUCUCAGCAGGUGACAGCUUACCUCCACAUCACCUCCAGAAACCCAUCACUGGCUGCCUGACUUGGUGACAAGGUCUACGCAUAUGUCUUGGCUGGGUUAGAUAUGAAUAGGCAUGUGCCAGGAAUCAGCCCAGUCCCUGGCUAGGGUGGGAGACUGUGUUCGGGAACCCCAGACCACUCUCAGGUCCAGUGAUUUGCUCGGUCUCACAGACCUAAAAAAGUUGUUAUCCUCCCUUUUAUGGUUUAUUACAGAGAAGGUACAGAUUAAAGUCAGUGAAGAUGAAAGGCACAGGGGGCAGAAUCCAGAAUGACCAGGCAGAGGCUGCAGCUCUCAUUCCUGGUGGAAUCCUACAGGCAGCGCUUAAUUCUCCCUCAACAUGCAAUCACAUGGACAGUGAUGGAUUCUCCCAGGCACAAUGUGUGAUACAUGCAGAGGCCACGGCCUGUCAGGGACCUCCACCAAGCCCUCAUGUCCAGAGGUUUUGCAAGAGUUUUACCCUUGUUGCCCAGACUGGAGUGCAA